AUGCGUCCCGCGGCCGCAACAAUACGACAAAUUCGCAACGAGGCAAAGAUCGAACGCUUGAUCGAAGUGCCGACAAAAAAGACGCUUGAAUACUGGUCCGGUCUGCGUAAGGCAACAGCGUCGAUUCUGAUGCAGCUCCGGAUCGAGAGAAGCGGGCUCAAUGCCUACCUCUGUAUCAACCGACAAGAGUCAGCUCGCUGUGACUGCGAUCUCGGCAAACAAACCGUGAUUCACGCCCUGCUCGAGUGCCCGCUGCACCAGGAUGAGCACGACGGGAUUAGGAGCGCUCCCUCCGACCAGGAAAUCGCUCUCCGUCGAGACGAGCUCUUGACACAGCUAGAGGCUCGCACAACUGUGGCCGAAUUCAUGGUCAAGACCGGUCCUCUAGGCCAGUUUCAGCAAGUCGACUCAACGGCUUUAGGCGUAGAGGAAGGGGAUGAAAAAGAAUGA